UUUUGAGAAUAUUUAGAUUCUUUAGUCUUUCGGUAAAUCACAGAAUGUUCGAUUGCUCAGUUCUCAAGAUACAAUAGAGGUAGGAUUGAAUGUUCACAUUGCUACAUUCUUUAUCUUUUGGUUUCUUCUAUAAAAGUUUGGUACUUGCAAAGCUUUCUUUGAUACAUUUCCUUGGCACCAGGCCGUGUAAACUAGACCUGCAGAUUUUAUUCGAACCAGCCCAACCAAACCGAAAUUUCCGGUUUUAGAUUUAGUUUCGGUUUUGAGUUCAGUUUGGUCGGGUCGGUUCGUUUUUUUAAAAUAAAAAUAAAAAUAACUAGAAUAACUGAACCGAAGUAACCAAAGUUAACCGAAAUAAUCAAAAAUAUCUAUUUUUACGGAAAGUAUACUGAAUUCUAAUAUUGUCAAAAACAAAAUUAAAAACCAAAACUAGCCUCUUUGGUGGGAUUAUGGUCAAACCGAAUAAACCAAAACCGUUAAUACCGAACCAAAAUAACCGAAUAAACCGAAACCGCAUGCCUAGUGUAAACAAAAAAAAAAAAAAUUAAGUCUUCAAGGUGAAACAAAGCUAAAAAGGUUCUUUUAAGCAUCUGUUACUUGUUUAGGAAACCCACACAUCAUCUUCCAAUGUCAUGCUGAUCAAGAACCUAUUGAUUCUUUCCAUUUUCCACACAUUAAAAACAUUUUUGGACUUGGUUUUGUUCAUUGAUGUCAUCUAGUUUCUCUUAACGGUAUAUAUAUAUAUAUAUAUAUAUAUAUAUAUAUACAGUCUUCCCAUUCUUUUCAUCAUCUCAUAACUGAACCAUCUCAAGAAAGAAUGUCGGGCUAUGCCAAGAGCAAAGAUGCUCAUGUAGCUCGUGCAAAAGAGAGUGAUACCACCGGUAACAUCAUCAUCUAUACCCUUCUAGGGCUUUGCAUUCUGCUCAGCCUCUUCAUCACCAUCGGUCUCUUUGUCAUAGCCAAGCCACUUGAAGCAAGCUUGACAUCUGUGGCUGUAAAAAGCCUCAGGUACAAUGAUACAUCAUCAUCAUCCUCGCCUUAUUUCAGCGCAACACUAGCUAUGGAGAUCAGAAUUGAGAAUCCGAACUUCGGCUUCUUUGAGUUUCCAACUAGUAAAGGAGAUAUCAUGUACAACGGUCGUGUUGUUGGUGAGAUUAAGAUUGAUGGACAGCGAGUGGGUGCAUAUAGUGCCAUAAGAACAGAGGUUGGGACACGAGUGAGUUAUAGAGAGGAUCAUGCACCAUCUGUUUGGUUCAAGAAUGAUAUAAAGAGAGGGUUGAUCAUCCUCAGGGUUGGAGUUAAACUUAGAGGUGAAGUACACUUGGAGGUUUUGAACAAGAGAAGUGUGAAUUUGAAGUGUUUGAUGUAUCUUAAUCUUAUAGAUGAAGUGGUUCCACGUUUGUGGUGCAAAUGAAAACUCUCUUAGUUUAGUUUUUCCAGUUUUUCCUUUUCACAUUUUUACUUCUUUUGUUAACUUGUAUUAAGAUGUUUUGUCUGUUUUCUUGCUUAAAACCUUGUAUAAGAUGUUGCUAAGUGUAUACAUUAAUUUUAUUCUGUGAUGAAA